CUACUAAUUAUGCACAUUUUCAUAUCAUGGGUAAUUAUAUAUAAUAUUGCCAAUAUAAGUGCAUUUUUGUACGUGAAUCACCCAAAGUGGAAACAUCCUUAUCGCAAUGCUAAAGCCAACGCUCUGCUUGAGAGUCCGGCGGUUAAGAAUCUUGCUGAACGCCAAGAUGGAUGUGAUAGGUCUGGAGCAUAUGCUAUAGUGCAUAUUUCUGGCGUUCCAAGGUGGUUUGAAAGAGGAAGGUACUACGAUGUCAAUCGCAUACAGCAACAGGUGGGAUCCAGAGUUAUACUUAACCGAGUUGCAUUCUUCCAGUCGGAGCAGGGCUGGUACGUGCACGGUGAACCCUAUCUAGAAAAUGUGAGAAUCAUAUGCGAGGUGCAAAAGCAUUUCAGGGGACCGAAGCAAGUGACAUACAAAUUUAGAUCGAAGAAACACUAUAAACGUAAAAUAGGGUUUCGACCUGAAUUGACAAGACUAAAGGUAGAAGCUUUCGAUGUAUUGCCCUUUGGGGAACGUUGGGUUGACACUGAUCCCAUAUAUAUCCCGUUAGUGAGAAUAGAGCAACUGAGGAAACCGAGCACUGAACUUGCUAAACUCAAGAGGAAUACUAUAUACAAGCUUACAGAAACAGAAAAGGCACUGCUAGAAGGUGACCCUCUAGCACACUUUGACCCUGUUUAUAACCAGAUUUUCAUUGAAAAUCGGGUUUUAAGGCUAUAAAGUUGUGUAACACUUAUAGACCAGUGUAAUAUUUA